UGGCGGAGUAGCCCUGCCUGUUCGCUGAAAAACAAUAGAAACCGCACAGAAGGGACAGUUAGCCCGUUCUAACUGGACGAAUCCGCGCUAAAAACCGUACAUAUCCCGACUCGGGCUCGACCAAGUGGGGAGGAAUACCCGCGCCGGGAACCUCGGGAGGAAUAAAUAAAGUAUGAUGCUUUAUUUAAGCGUUUCAGGCUAGCUACCUAGCCUGCUAGUCGAGCUAACGUUAGCCCAACGGUAGUGUUAGCAGCUAGCGGCUAACGGCUACAAGGAGAGGAGGAUCAGCUGUUUGUAGACAGAUGCUGUAGGAAGGAGCGGACAGCAACACUUUCACAUGAGUGCCGCUGUGACUGAAGGCCAUUAGCAAGACAAAGGUCGCCUCCUCGGAGCCAGCACAUGAGUCUUUGUAAAGGGCGAGGGGGGGGUAUAUAGACGCCCAGAGUGAGAAACAAAAAAAAAGGCAAAUUCAGCAUUUUAUGGACGAAACCUGAGCCGGGAGUUUUUUUUUUUUUUUUAAACUACAAGUCUUUAUUGAUGAUGGCGGAUUUUGUUACACCGCGACACAGCGCGGUGAUGGAGAGGCUCCGCCGGAGGAUCGAGCUCUUCCGGCAGCAUCACAACAGCUGCGAGAGCCGCUACGAGAACGCGACGCUGGAGCGGCUGGAGCUGGAGAGGCAGCAGACCUUCGCCCUGCACCAGCGCUGCCUGCAGGCCAAAGCUAAGCGGUCCAACAAGCACCGGCAGCCCCAGCCCAGCAGCGGCGACCAGGCCGGGCAGAGAGCGCCCGGUGGCGCCGGCGGAGGCAGCGCAGAUCUCGGGGAGAGCGGAGGAGGCACCGCGGCAGAGCAGAGCCGGAACAGCACCCUGAUAGCGCUGCAGGAGACGGUGAAGAGGAAGUUGGAGAGCGCCAGCUCUCCGCUGGGACGAGAUCAGGUCAACGGUUUCAGCGAUGGCUUCCCCCCGAGCAAGAAGGCGUGCCUGGACAACGGCGCCGCCGCCGCCGCCAACGGCUCGCCGCUGGACUCCAAGCUCGGCAUCAGCGACUCUCUGAACUCCAACGGGACUCACGGCGAAUCGGCAGACAUUGCCGGCGGCGGCAGAGAGCCGCCUUCGGACUUCCAUCGCAAGGAGAUGAAGCAGGAGCCCGACGACAUCCUGCCCAUCAUGCCGCCAUCGGGCGCCGGCGGCAACAACAGCCUCUUCCCCGACCUCAACCUCAACGAGCAGGAGUGGACCGAGCUCAUGGAGGAGCUCAACUGCUCCGUCGUCUACGAGGACAUCCAGGACAUCCUCAACGACGGCUUCGAGGACCGCAAGGACCCGCUGGAGCUGGCGCCCACACCUGGAGCAGCCCUAGCGGGAGGCCCGGCCUCGGUGUCCCAGGCUCUGCUUCCUCCAGAUCUCGCCAGCGUUAAGACCGAGUUCUCGCCGGCUUCCGUGGCUUUCGAGCAGGACUCUCGCACCGGCUCCCCCCACGUCAGAUCCACGUCCUCGGGGCCUCCUCCUCACCCCACCAGCUCCCCCGUUGCGUCCUCCUCCGCCUCCUCCCCUCGCCCCCCCCCCCCCAGGCAGCUCCAGCCUCCCCCGAACCACCUUCUCCCUCCGGGGCCCCCAGUGCCCAAAGACCUGUCUCCCGCACAGCAGCUCCAACAGCUGGCCGCGCAGCAGCAGAGAGCGCAGCACCUCCACGGACAAAUGCAGCACAAGCAGCCACAGCCGGGGGCCAAGUUCCACAAUCAGGGGCCCCAUGCGCACCCCCCGCCUUGGCCCCAGAUGGCCAACGCCUCUCAGAGCCCACUAGGGGGCGCGUUUGGUAUGGACAAGCCCACGAGCCCUUCUCUGUACCCGCAGGACUUCAACCCAAACGGGCAGAAGCAGCUGCUGAUGCCCGGUCAGCCCAACAAAGGCUCUCCCAAAGCGGGGGCCCAAAGCGGCUACAUGCCGGGCCCCCCCGGACACCCCAACAUAAUGGGUCACCCGGCAUCGGGGCCGCAGCUCAGCCACCCUCCGGGACAAGGAGGCGCUCAGGCCUCGGCCGCCAUGCUGAACUACAACAACACCAAACCUUUGUCGCACUUUGAGGCGGCCCCGGGGCCCCCGCGGCUCCCCAACACCCAGAGCCAGAACAAGGCCGCGCUGCUGUCGCUGCUCCGACAGCAGCAGCAGAUCAAACAGAAGAACAGCAUGAACUUUCGUCAUCACAUACCGCACACGCAGGACCAGAACCCCUACCCUGCCCCUCCACAUGGCCCGGGCCCCGCCAACACCAUGGCGCCCGCGCCCGGAAACAACGCCAUGACGGCCCAGCCGGGGGCGAACACCAUGGCGGGUAACCACGGUAACGCAGCGUACCUGAGCAGCCAGGUGGCGGUGGCGGCAGCGCUCAAACAGCAGCAACAGCAUCAGCAGCAGAUGCUGGAGCAGCAGAAGCAGCAGUACAUGCAGAGACAGCAGCUCAUGGCUGAACAGGAGAAGCAGCGGCAGCAGGACCAGCAGCUGCAGAGACACCUGACCCGACCGCCUCCACAGUACCAGGACCAGCCGGGACAGCCGGCCAAUCAGAACCCUUUCCCACAGCCGCCAGUCAACCAGUUUACAGCGUCCUCUCAGCCAAUGGGCAGCGUCGGCUCCAUGGGAGGCCCCGCCCCCUCCCAGCGUAUGUUCCCUCAGACCCAAGGCAUGAUGGGUAUGAGCAUGGGGCAAGGUGGUGGUGUCGGUGGUCCAGCCGUCGCCGUGGCUCCGCCCCCUGCGGGCAGCCAGGCAGACCUCGGCCUAUCGUCCUGCGGGGCAGGCGUGGAUGUGCAGCAGGUGCUCUACAACAACAUGAACCUCCACGCUGCUGCUCAGCAGGCCGGCCUGCAGCGGCAGGGCUACCGGCAGAACCUGCUGGCUCAGCAGCAGCACCUGAAGACUCAGCCCAACGCCGCCAUGUUGAAGCAGCAGCUAGCCGCCGCCGCCGCCGCGGCAGCUCGCAUGCCGGGCGCCAUGGGAGCCGGUCUGCCGGGCUCCCAGACCGGGUCCUGGCAGCAGCAGUCCGGUAACGCCGGUUUACCGCCAAACGCCUUCAACAACUCCAACGCCUUUCACAUGCAGCAGCAGCAGCAGCAGUCUCGCGUUCCCAAGAUGCCGCCUGGCGCCUCGCCGUUCGGCGCUAACCCCGGCGUGCGUCCGCUAGGCGUUCGGAGCGCGGUGCAUCAGAUGAUGCAGACGAACAUGGCCGCCGCCGCGCAGCAGCAGCAGCAGCAGCAGAGGGCGCCUCCCAACGCUCAAAGCCUCGCCCAGCAGCAGCAGCAGACUCAACAACAGGCCAAUCAGAGCCUCCCAGACCUGGCGGCUUUCGGACAGCCGCAGGGCAACGGGCGCCAGGGACUGCAGUGUAACCAAGGUUACCAGGUGAGCAGGACUGCCAGUCAGCAGCAGCAGCAGCAGGUGGCGUUCGGAUACAACGUGGCGUCGGGGAGCUUCGCCGGCGAGAGCGAGCUGGUGGACUCGCUUCUGAAGGGCCAGAGCACCCAGGAGUGGAUGGCCGACCUGGACGAGCUGCUCGCCAGCCACCGCUAGGAGAAGAUUUAACACUGUCGUGAUUUUUGUUUAAACAAAC